AUGCCCAGUGAACUGGGUACCAAAGAGUCAGUUGUGUUUGAGGAUGUGGCUGUGGAAUUUACCCAGGAAGAGUGGGCUUUGCUGGAUUUUUCCCAGAGGCAACUCUACAGAGAUGUAAUGAUGGAAACCUUCAGGAACCUGGACUCAGGAUCUUUCCCCAUGAGCACCAUAUCAGCCACACUGAUUUUUCUCUCUGAGAAGCAAGGAACUCACAGUGGACAGAGGCCUUAUGAAUGUAAAUGUGGGAAAGUCUUUAAUUAUUUCUCAGGCCUCACUACACAUAUGCGAACUCACACUGGAGAGAGGCCUUACAAAUGUAAGGAAUGUGGGAAAGCCUUUGGUCGGUCCUCACACCUCACUACCCAUAUAAGAACUCACAGUGGAGAGAGGCCUUAUGCAUGUGAGUGUGGGAAAGUCUUUAGCCAUCUCUCAGGCCUCACUAAACAUAAAAGGACGCACAGUGGAGAGAGAAUUUUUGAAUGUAAGAAAUGUGGGAAAGCUUUCACUUGUUCCUCAUCCCUUGUUAUACAUGAAAGAUCUCAUAAGGAGGAGAAACGUUAUGAAUGUCAGGAAUGUGGGAAAGCCUUUAGUUGUUCCUCAUCCCUCACUAGACAUAUCCGAACUCACAGUGGAGAGAAGCCUUACAAGUGUAUGGAAUGUGGGAAGGCCUUUACUUGUUCCUCAUCCCUUAUUACACAUAUGCGAAGUCAUAGUGGAGAAAGGCCUUAUCAGUGUAAGGAAUGUGGGAAAGCCUUUAGUUGUUCCUCAUACCUCACUACACAUGUUCGAACGCACAGUGGAGAGAGGCCUUAUGAGUGUAAGGAAUGUGGGAAAGCUUUUGGUCGGUCAUCACACCUCAGUACCCAUAUAAGGACACAUAGUGAAGAGAGGCCAUAUAAAUGUAAACAGUGUGGUAAAGCCUUUAAGCAGUUUCCACAAGUCACUACCCAUAUGAAAACACAUAGGGAAGAGAGGCCGUAUGAGUGUAAACAAUGUGGGAAAGCCUUUAAGCAGUUUUCACAACUCACUACCCAUAGAAAAACGCACAGUGAAGAGAGGCCUUAUGAAUGUAAGGAAUGUGGAAAAUCUUUUACUCAGUUUGCAUACCUCACUGCUCAUAUCAAAGCUCACAAUGGAUAUAGGCCUUAUGUAUGUGAAGAAUGUGGGAAAGCCUUUACUCAGUCCUCAAACCUCACUGUUCAUAGAAGAAUACACAGUGGAGAGAGGCCUUAUCAGUGUAUGGAAUGUGGGAAAGGCUUUUAUGAGUCCUCGAAGCUCACUGACCAUGUAAGAUCUCACACUGGGGAGAGGCCUUACAUAUAUCUCCCAUGA